CAAACAAGUGCCGCACAACACGACGCCGAUCCUAUAUUCACCACUCCCAUUCACCAAAGCUAUACAAAACAGCAAAUUGCUCUCCCAGAGAUAUCCAGUAACACAAAACAAAUAUGGCCUCUCCUACCUUGCCAGACCAUGUAGCCACCACACUCACCUGCCAAUGCCUCUACCCGUCAUCUCAUAUCCCAGGUCUUGCGUCAAUUGCACAGUGGUAACCCGGCCCGACGCAAGCUCACCCCAAUCCCCAAACAGCAACAUAACGCAUACCCUCAUCGCCAAGCCAUAAUGUGUCAAAUGGUCGUAUUAUGGCACGCUUGUACCCACCUCGUCGUCUCUUACAUGACCUGCGCAUUCGAAGAGGCAAGAAACCACAAAGAACAGACCGCAACCACAGCGCUCGUAGACACCGACUGCUGGAUAUGUCAACAGCACCAGAAACACCCAUCCUGGGGGGCAUCGGGCACAAUGCAGCGUCUGCUUAUGACCGUCCAGAACAUGGAAUACAUCCUCGGCGUCUCGGCAAACGAAGAUGGGUUCCUGGAUAUGGUGGCCCGGUUUUACGCGCGAGGCGACCACAAGCGCUGGAUGCAGCCCGGCGUCGCAAAGGCAAAGUAUACUAAGGACGAUCCGUAUGUCCGCGGCUUGGAGGUCCAGUCAUAUCUUUGUACUCGGGGUCAGCGGGAUUUUCACAUGAACCCGGGCUAUGCCUUUGAUAUCUAUUUUGCGCUGAUGAAGCAUUCUGAUCGCGCAGACUACUCGGAUCUCAAUUGGUCCAUGACGGGGUAUCGCCCGCCUAGCAAUUUCUUCUAUGUGUCGUCUAGUAUGAUUGGCAUGUUGGCUGAUGGCUGUGGGGUUGAGCAUAGACAGAAGACGGGGGGCGCGCAUGUGGCACGGCGAUCUCGCUGCUUGUCUAAUGGUGGUAGUGUAGCAAUCCCCACGACACAGUCUAAAUUGGCAUCAUUUGGAAUUGGAGAUUCGGCAGAAAUUGGCUUGGGCCAUCUAAGGACCGCGUCAUAUACACAGGGACUCCCAACUCAGCCGCCGCUGGACGCUCAGACUACUAGCUCGGUCCAUAAUGUUAAUGGUAAUCCCGGUUCAUUACUUCCACGGCGUCCGUGCGAGACGCUCAAUGGACCCCCCAUCGCGAUGAAUCAUUACGCUCAGCAUAUCCUCCGUCCCUUGUCCCCGCUCGGAGAGCCUGGACCGUCCAUUGAGAAUCACCGUCAAGCGCUGAAUGAGAGGACAAGCCAUCAUGCGCGCACGCCCAGUCUCUUUCAUCCAAUCUUCUCAGCCGAAUAUGACGGGGAUAUCCUCACAAAUGAGGCCUCUCAAGAGUUAGACCUCCAUCACCACACCAGAUCCAACUCCUUCACCUACAAUAAUACCCUGCCGACGGAAAAUAUACCAUACCUGAACGCCACACUCCUCACCCAGAUCUACACUGACCCUUCCUCCUUCUCCCCAUCAAACGAACCCACCAGACACUCAUCCAAGAACCACAAUCCACCAGAAGACAACACACACCUCGACAUCCUGUUAUCCUCCUCCCCAAUGCUGGGAACCGCCAUCCCAAACCCCCGAAACUCAACCGCCACCAUCGACCCCAGCAUACUCAAGCUGGACAGCCUCGACCAAUUGAAUUUCACCGACGACGGAACCUGCGGCAACGGAAAAGGCAAGCAACCUAUCAGAGAUAUCUCGCAACUGGAUCCCCGUGUUCCUGGUGGCUUUGUCUUCCCGGACGAUAUGGAUAUUACUUAAAAUUAAUGAUGAGGGUGAGAGAGAGAGAGCGACAGAGAGAGAGAGAGAGGGCUGUCUUGGUCUAGACCCGCAGACCGCUUCCUUUUUUUUCUCUUUUCCUUUUUUUUUUUUUAUUAACGGAGUUAAUCUUGUCUUUGAAGCAUUGCCGAGUGGCGAGCGACGCAUGUACAUCAGUGUUCUACUUGCAGCUACAUCCACAUGAAAGCGAACUUCACUUGGCAUUUAUGCAGGUGCAGGGAGAUGGGAAUUGACGUGUACAUCGUAAAUCUGGUCGUUGCAUAUUCACAUGCGGCUGGGGUUGUGAUGUCAUUGUGGUGGGUUUGGCUUUUGUGAAGGUAUUUUUUUUUUCUUGAGAGUUUUUUCUUUGUUUCUGACUCUUUGUUUGUGGGGUUGGGGAUUACUUACUCGGGGUACAUAAAUUGUAUUGCUUCGGUUGUUUGUACAUUAGUUUAAUGGUAACAUCGAGGGUUAAGUGGUUUUGUGGUGAGAAUAUCAUUUCUCCCCUAUUUAUUUAUUUAUUUAUUUUUCUUGGUGUAUCUCCUAGGUGGAAUCUUUGAUCGUUUCAUAGAUCUGUCGAGCUGGAAAUAGGUCGUAAUGCGUAUGUGGUUCACCACAAACUGAUGGUGUUGGCGUAGAAAAGGAGAUCUAUCAGAAGUCUGCAUCACAUUGACAGAUCCUUAUCCAGCCUUACGUAUACCAUAGAUUUCUCGUAAUCAGCACCCGUCUUUC